AUGGCGGACGACGCCAAUGCUGCAGGGGGUGUUGGAGGCCGAGGUGGCUCCCGCGGUGGCUUCGGCAGUGGGGCCGACGUCGAGUUCAGGGCUGUGGCCAUGCUGGACUGGCUAGUCAAGGAUAUGAAGAUCAAGUCUUUGGAAGAGAUCUAUCUUUUCUCCCUUCCUAUCAAGAAGUCUGAGAUCAUAGAUUUCUUCCUGGGAUCUUCACUGAAAGAUGAGGUUCUGAAGAUCAUGCCUGUUCAGAAACAAACUAGAGACGGACAACAAACCAGAUUCAAGGCUUUUGUGGCCACUGGUGACUACAAUGGCCAUGUUGGCCUGGGUGUCAAGUGCUCCAAGGAAGUGGCCACAGCUAUUCUGGCCAAGCUGUCCAUCGUUCCUGUGAGAUAUGGUUACCGGGGGAACAAGAUUGACAAGCCUCACACAGUGCCUUGCGAGGUUACUGGGCGAUGUGGAUCGGUUCUGGUGUGCCUAAUCCCCGCCCCUAGAGGUACUGGCAUCGUCUCAGUUCCUGUGCCUAAGAAGCUCCUGAUGAUGACAGGAAUUGAUGACUGCUGCACAUCUGCAAGGGACUGUACCGCCACUCUGGGCAACUUUGCUAAAUCUGCCUUUGAUGUCAUCUCCAAAACAUACAGCCAUCUAACCCGAGACCUGUGGAAGGAGACUGUGUUCACUAAGUCUCCCUAUCAGGAAUUCAUGGACCAUCUUGUGAAGACUCACAUUCGUGUGUCUGUCCAGAGGACUCAGGCAGCUGCUGUGGCAACUACAUAG